AUGGCCCGUUCCCUGUCUAUUUUCCUCUGUCUAGCUUGCGUCGGGCACCUGGCGACGGCAGUCGCCGUUCCUGUAUCUGCCAGCUUGAGCUUGUCUCUUGGAGUACCUGGAUCGACCUCGAUCCCGACCCCGGCUCCGGCUCCAGGGCCGGAGAGCGCUUCUGGAGGAUAUCGCUCCAUGGCUUACUUUGUCAAUUGGGGCAUCUUCAAGAGAAACUACCACGCCGAAUCCCUCCCCGCCGAACAGCUCACCCACGUGCUGUACGCCUUCGCCGACAUCCACCCCGACGGAGAUGUCUUCCUCACCGACGUCUACGCCGACCUCGAGCGGCGCUACCCCGGCGACCCCAGCUCGGGCGAGGUCGGCAGCACGGGGGAUAACGUGUAUGGCUCCACGAAGCAGCUGUUCCUGCUCAAAAAGCGGAAUCGCAACCUCAAGGUGAUGCUGAGCAUCGGGGGCUGGGACUUCUCGCAGCACUUCGUGGGACCAGCGUCCAGCGAGAGUGGUAGGAAACGGUUUGCAGAGACUGCGGUGAAGUUGAUGGGCGAUAUGGGAAUGGAUGGGUUGGACGUUGAUUGGGAGUAUCCUUUGAAUGACCAGGAGGGGGAGAACAUGCUUCAGUUGCUGAGGGCCACAAGACAGGAACUCGACAAAUACGCCCAAGCCAAUGCCAAGGGCGAACACUUCCUCCUGAGCGUCGCCACCGCAGCAGGCCCCACCAGAUACAAGGUCCUCGACCUCAAAGCCAUCUCCGAAGUCGCCGACUUCAUCAACCUCAUGGCCUACGACUACGCACUCAAAGAAGACACCACAGCCGCCCACACAGCGAACAUCAACCCCUCGCUCGCCAACCCUCUCUCCACACCCUUCAACACCGAGCAAGCCAUCGCCGCGUACAUCGACGCCGGGGUGCCCCCCUCCCAGAUAUCCCUGGGAAUCCCGCUGUACGGCCGCUCCUUCGCUAACACCGACGGUCCCGGUAAGCCCCUCUCCGGCGUCGACGACACCAGCGGCCGUGGGAACGGUAGCUGGGACCCUGACGUGUGGGACGUCAAGGCGUUGCCGCGGCCCGGCGCGAAAGUCAUCAUUGAACGGGAUAUCGGGGCGACGUAUAGCUAUGAUUCGCAGCGGAGGGUCAUGAUCAGCUACGAUACGCAAGAUACUGUCAGGGAGAAGGCCGAGUAUAUCAAGCGGAAGGGUCUCGGGGGUGCGAUGUGGUGGGAGGCUAGUGGGGAUCGAGAGGUUGGGAACGGGAGCUUGAUUGCUACGUUGGUUGACAGCUUGGGUGGAACGGGCGGGCUGGACUCGAGGAAGAAUUUCAUCGAUUAUCCAGCUUCGCGGUAUGAGAAUCUCAGGAAGCAGUUUUCAUGA